AUGACUGUGCUGGUGAUGCGUGAUCACCGGAGGAGCAGCGGUCAGCAGAACGAGGUGUCACAGAGGAGGAGCGGUCAGCAGAACGAGGUGUCACAGAGGAGGAGCGAGGAGCAGCGGUCAGCAGAACGAGGUGUCACAGAGGAGGAGCGGUCAGCAGAACGAGGUGUCACAGAGAAGGAGCGGUCAGCAGAACUAGGUGUCACAGAGGAGCAGCGCUGUCAGCAGAACGAGGUGUCACAGAGGAGGAGCGGUCAGCAGAAUAAGGUGUCACAGAGGAGCAGCGGUCAGCAGAACAAGGUGUCAAAGAGGAGCAGUGGUCAGCAGAACGAGGUGUCACAGAGGAGCAGCGAGGAGGAGCGGUCAGCAGAAUUAGGUGUCACAGAGGAGCAGCGGUCAGCAGAACAAAGUGUCACAGAGGAGGAGCGGUCAGCAGAACGAGGUGUCACAGAGAAGCAGCGCGGUCAGCAGAACGAGGUGUCACAGAGGAGGAGCGGUCAGCAGAACGAGGUGUCACAGAGGAGGAGCGAGGAGGAGCGGUCAGCAGAACGAGGUGUCACAGAGGAGGAGCGGUCAGCAGAACUAGGUGUCACAGAGGAGCAGCAGUCAGCAGAACGAGAUGUCACAGAGGAGCAGCGCGGUCAGCAGAACAAGGUGUCACAGAGGAGGAGCGGUCAGCAGAAUAAGGUGUCACAGCGGAGCAGCGGUCAGCAGAACGAGGUGUCACAGAGGAGCAACGGUCAGCAGAACGAGGGGAGCAGCGGUCAGCAGAACAAGGUGUCACAGGAGAGCAGCGGUCAGCAGAAAGAGGUGUCACAGAGGAGCAGCGAGGAGCAGCGGUCAGCAGAACGAGGUGUCACAGAGGAGGAGCGGUCAGCAGAACGAGGUGUCACAGAGGAGGAGCGGUCAGCAGAACUAGGUGUCACAGAGGAGCAGCGCGGUCAGAAGAAAGAGGUGUCACAGAGGAGCGGUGGUCAGCAGAAAGACGUGUCACAGAGGAGCAGCGGUCAGCAGAACGAGGUGUCACAGAGGAAUGGCGGUCAGCAGAACGAGGUGUCACAUAGGAUAGGCGGUCAUCAGGACUAG